GUUGUUUGCAGCACUUAGACGAGGAACGAAAUGUCAAUUAACAUGCCCCGCCUUUCCUUCUUUGCUGCUUUUACCUGCCAGGAGGUACAGGGGGGAGAAAGAGCCAAAGUCGAGAAUCAAAGGAAGAGAGGAAAGUAGGACCAAGACGCUGAGAAGCUGGAAAUGAAACUGGAACAUUGGUGGAAUUACGAGGAAGGCGUGGCAGGAGAGCGGCAAGCCAACCGGGAAGAGCAGCAGGCCGAUGAGACCCAAGUAGGGUGCUCGCGGGAGAAGGACGAAAAUGAAAGGGGUGACGGGGUGAAGAGCGGCCGAGGCUUUGAUGACAGCUCGGAGUGGGUCUUCGACUCGCAGGGGCCCGAGAGACCCGGGAACCUUCCAUUGUGCGCGCCCCUCCACCCCACUCCACUCCCCACUCCCCUCACCUCCUCUCCUCCCCCCCGCCCGAGCCCAAGCCGGAGCCGGAGCCCUCGCAGCUCCGGGCCGCAGCACCCGUCGUCGCCUGUUCCCCCCCUUUGCCCGAGCAGAGCGCUCCAGAGGAAAAAUGAUACUGGAAUGUUCCAACAGUUUAACAUCCGCUCGUCCUCCCCCAUUUUACCAAGGCCGGUAAAGGGACUCGUUCAACUCAUUACCAGAGCCCAGUGGUUACCAGUGACUCAGGAACUGAGCUUCCGAAAAUUUAUCGAACAAUCUGAUUUACUAGAGGAACUUAAAUAUGACUUCAAUGAAAAAGCUGAAUUGAGACACACUGAGACACAUAGGCCUUUUGUCUUUAACUAUUAUAAAAAUGUCCUGGAGAGGAAUAGCAAGCGCUACCAGGCCCUUGGCCACUUGCUUGAACAAUACAUUUAUGAACUUUUGGAAAAAGUGUGCAAAUUACAAAAAGUAUAUAUCCCACCAGAGGCUGAUAAGGAACCAAAAAGCUUCUUUUUCAUGAGUGAGAGAGCAUUAACAAAUCAUCAUUCUGCUCUUCUUGUCCUUCUUCAAGACCGUGGGGUCUUUAGAGCUGGUCAGUGGAGUCAGCAGGCAGUAAUACAUCAUGGUCUCCAACAUGGAAGUCAGAUACCAUGUAUUCAAAUGGCAUUGCAGGCACAUUAUGAUGUAAUUGUGCUAAACCCCAAUGACAAUUUUGUGGACCUACAGACAGAAAAAGAGUGGAAAGGCCUUUUAACACAAAAUGUUGAGUCCUCUUCCAGAAAAAUGGUUCAGACUGAGAACUUUUUAUCUCUCCAGCAGUCUCUCCAAUGUAUUCCAAAAAGAUGCAGCAACACUCCUGAAGAACACAUGGCUUAUAUUUGGGAUUACUUCAUUUCAAAGGCUGAAGGCAAGGAUGUUGCCUUCAUUGUACAUGGUUAUGGAGGCUUGGUUUUUAUGGACUUGCUUGUUCGUAGAAAGUGGGAAGUAAUGAGCAAAGUAUAUGCUGUUGCACUUAUUGACUCUGAACAUCACGUGGGACACCAGCUGGGGAGUGACAUCCAGUUAUUAGCAUGGAUAAAGCACCACUGCCGUGAAUGGGUGACAAGUCCAAAGCCUUUGGAUAAACCUGCAGCUACUGUUUUGAAAAAGGAGUUUCCCAUGGUUUCUGCUGGUACAGAAAAACACAACUUAGCCCCUUCCUCUAGCCUUCAGUCAAUUUUUAAAUACUUUAGAAAAGCUUUGAAAGCCAAAGCAGCUAUUAAUUUCUCUCGAGUGCCCAUAGUAACUAGAAGCUCCACAAAAAGAAAGCAAAGUGCUUAAGUUACUUUUUUGCCAUCUAAUGUUGUUUUGUCCCACUGAAACUUUGCUAAUGUAGAUGCUAGAAGAAAAAGAAAACUUCUAACUCAUAGGCAGUAUGUUCUGGCUUGAAAUUUGAUUUGUUAACUUUUUUAAAAAGUGAGUAUGUUCUCUUCAGUAGCCUACUGAUGAACCAGGAAGUCAGUCAGUACUAUCAUUAAUAUUUUACAGUGUUAGUCAAAUUAAGAGUAGUCUAGUUAGAGGAUCUUCUUUUGAAAAGAUUUCUCAGUUUUAUAGAAUGACACCAAAACUGUAGUUGAUAGAAAUUAAAGACUAAGUCAAUCUUUGACUUCUGCAUUAUUAAUGCUAUAUUAAAAAUAUAAGUGAACAUAAAAAUUAAACAUCAUAAGCAACUCCAUUCUUUGUAUGUUUGUGAGUUUUUUUGUUUAAGUUUGUUGAUCUCGUGUGUGUGUUUACUCAUACCUUCAGCUAAUAUUUGAGUGUCUACUAUGUACUAGUCAAUACUAGUGUUGGGCACACUGGCAAACAAGGCCAACGUUGCCUUUUACCUUAUUUGGAGUUCACAAUGAACAACAAAUUGCAAGUGUGAAGAGUGUUAAUAAAUAAAGGGUGUCAUGGAACAUCUAGCAUAAGAGCUAAUAGCCUUGGGGUUCAGGGAAUACUCCCUGAGAAAAUGAUGCCUAGUUUGAAGAACAGUAGUAGUUAUCUGGAAAAACGAAGUCAUAGGCAAAGGAAUCACAUGUGCAAAAGUCCUGAGGCAGGAGAAA